CCCGCCUCCGGCAGCUCCCCGGAGCCGCGGAGCUCGCGGCACCCCAACGAUUCUGGGGGGCUCCAGUCAGAGGCGCCACCCUAGAGACCCUGGGCCGGCGUCAGGCGCAGCUGCCUCCGCGCGUUUGCCUCUUGGUCUCUGUGUCUCUCUCUGUGUCUGUCUCCGAGCUUGCCUCCGCUUCCACACCUAACCCGCUCGGACACCUUCAUCCCGCGAGUCCCCGGCCCUCUUCAUGGCAGGCUACGUGCCCCCCACGGGCUAUGCGCCUUCACCCCCACCUCCCUACCCCGUGACCCCUGGGUACCCGGAGCCCGCCUUGCAUCCUGGACCGGGGCAGGUGCCGGUGCCUCCCCAGGUGCCUGCCCCAGCGCCCGGAUUUGCCCUCUACCCUUCCCCAAGCCCUGUGGCCCUAGGGCCUGCUGCCUCCUAUGUGCCAUUGCCCGGGGUGCCUGCUGGUCUGGAAUUCCUGGUGCAGAUUGAUCAGAUCUUGAUUCACCAGAAGGCUGAGCGAGUGGAAACGUUCUUAGGCUGGGAGACCUGUAACCGGUAUGAACUGCGUUCCGGGGCCGGCCAGCCCUUGGGCCAGGCAGCCGAGGAGAGCAACUGCUGUGCCCGCCUGUGCUGCGGCGCCCGGCGGCCGCUGCGCGUGCGCCUGGCCGACCCCGGGGACCGUGAGGUGCUGCGCCUGAUCCGCCCACUCCACUGUGGCUGCUGCGGCUGCUGUCCCUGUGGUCUCCAGGAGAUGGAGGUACAGUCUCCACCAGGCACAACCAUUGGCCAUGUGCAGCAGACCUGGCAUCCCUUCCUGCCCAAGUUCUCCAUUCAGGACGCCGACCGCCACACAGUCUUGCGGGUAGUAGGACCCUGCUGGAGCUGUGGCUGCGGCACAGACACCAACUUUGAGGUGAAGACCAAGGACGAAUCCCGCAGCGUGGGCCGCAUCAGCAAGCAGUGGGGGGGGCUGCUCCGAGAAGCCCUCACAGACGAGGAUGACUUCGGCCUGCAGUUCCCCCUGGAUCUGGAUGUGAAGGUGAAGGCCGUGCUGCUGGGAGCCACGUUUCUAAUCGACUACAUGUUCUAUGAAAAGCGAGGAGGCACCGGGCCCUCUGCCGUCACCAGCUAGAGACUGCAAUAGGGUCACCAUCGUCCCCAGCAGAACUGAAGAUGGUCGCGGCCUUGCCGGGCCUCACCCUGCCGAGCAGUACUCCGUUUUCUCCACGUGCACUGUAGGGGGACACAGAGGCUGGGGUCCUGUGUCCCCUCCCUCCUUCCCCACCCCUGCUUCCCUGGCCGUCUGCCUGGGGCUCUCCCAAAAGCAUAUAUAUGAGAACCCAUGCCUACCCUACCCACCACUCCCUCCCAGCACCCAGGCUACCUGGCUUUCAACUGUCCCACUCACUCCAGCCCCCUCCCAGGGCAUCUGUUCCAAAGAAGGCUUUUGACACUUGAGGACUCAAGUUUUACAACAAGGGCCAGGCCGGGGAAGGCAGACGUGGGUGUCCCUCUCCUACGUCAGCUUGGCUAGUUAGCUCAGCCUCGGACCCUGGCCCUUGGAGGAGGAGCUGCCCCUCGUUGCCAGCAGACGUUUGGACUGGGCCACAGUGCCACUUCCCUUCCCCCUCAGGCCCUGCCCAGAGCUGGUGCUUGCUGCAGCUUCCUGUGCCUUACUAUUUAACCACCCCCCUUCCUUGCCUUACCCCAGGAAGGAGGCUGCAUAUUUGUAUAUUCUAUUCAUAAAAAAAAAACAAACUUUGUAACUUUUUGGACAUUGGAAGAUGUGUGUAAUGGGGCGGGGGGCAGGAAGAAGGAAAAAGUGUAUAGGAGGAACUUUGAACUGGGGGGCUGGGGCAAUGGCUAGCAUCCACCCACCCUCAGUAAUCCAUGCUAUUGCAUCAGAACAGUUCUGGUCACCCAUGGUGGCCCUGGACCAAAUCUGAGCACCUGGGACCCCAGGUCAUGCUGGCCACUCCCACCAUCCGAGGUGGUGGCCCAGAGUCAGUGAGGUAGCUGGGGGCGGCUGCUCCCCUGGUUCAGCCUGGGCACUUGGACAUUUUCCAUAGGGGAGGGCUUUCCCAUGGGUGUAAUAAACAGCGGUUCCUUUUU